CCAAUCUGGUAGAGCUAUAGCUAUAGCUAGCAAGUCGUAGUAGUAGUUUACUGUUAGCCAUGGCUCGCAAGAAGAUCGUCCUGGACCGCAUCGCCAACGACGCGACGCGGCGGGCGACGUUCAAGAAGCGGCGGCGCGGGCUGCUGAAGAAGGCGAGCGAGCUGGCGACGCUGUGCGACGUGGACGCGUGCCUGGUGGUGUACGGGGAGGGGGACGCGGAGCCAGAGGUGUGGCCGUCGACGGAGGUGGCCAUGAACGUGCUGCGGCAGUUCAGGGCGCUGCCGGAGAUGGAGCAGUGCAAGAAGAUGAUGAACCAGGAGGACUUCCUCCGCCUCCGGAUCGGCAAGCUCAAGGAGCAGCUGCGCAAGAUGGACCGCGACAACCACGAGCGGGAGACGCUCAUCCUCCUCCACGACGCCCUCCAGGGACGCCUCGGCACCUACGAGUCCCUCUCCGUCGAGCAGCUCACCAGCGUCGACUGCCUCGCCAGCGCCAGGCUCAAGGUCAUCACCGACCGCCUCGUCGAGAUCCGCGCCCCCAACGAGGACGGCCAGGUGCUCGUUCCCCCACCUCCUCCUCCCCCGCCGGCGCUCCCCGCUCCUCCUCCGCCUCCGGCGCCAAUGCUUCCUCUCGCGCCGCCGCCGACUCAUGUUACUCCGGCCAUGCCGCUGUCUUCUAUGCCGCCGCCGGCGUUCCACGGGAUGAACCACCACCACCACCAGAACCACUUCAUCAACCAUGGCGGCAACGACCAGAACGCCUGGCUCAUGAACGUCGCCAGGAACGGCGGCGACCUCGGCGCCCUCGUCUACAGCGCCUUCGCCAGCAGCUCCUCCUCCAACACCGGUGGCGCCGGCACCAGCGCCGCCGGCGCCGCCGCCCCGGGCCCUGACAUGAUGGAUCUCGCCAACCCGGACAUGCCGGGAUUCGGGUGUCCCUGGGACGACGAUUCUGCGGGGCCAUCUUUCCCUCCCAUGUAAGGAGAGGGAGAGCUCUUCGUGCUGCAUGCUGCAUGCAUGGCCAGCUGCUACGUCGCGUGCUCGUGCACGGCAACAGCAGCUUUGCCCCGUCUCUAUUUCGUUUUUCUCCAGCAAUAUUUGCAACUUAAAUUUCGGUCAGGGACAUGGUCCCAUAUCUAUCUAUCUAUCUUAGUAUUUCAUGCGUCUUCGUCGUCGUCGUCGUCUAGAUCUUCUCUGCUCCAUGAGCAUGGAACAGUCUAAUUUAUCUUUUCAUCGAUCGAGUCGUGUCAUUUUGACAUCCAUAUAGCAUAUAUGGAUGUGUGUCUUUGUACUCUCUGUUGCAGCAUGUAUGCCUUCUUUUGAUGAAUGAAAUUGUUGGUUUAUAA